AAAAUGCAAGUGAACCAAGAUUGUCAUCAAAUAAUAAUCUCUACUCUAGAUUCAGAGAAAAGUGAUGGUGCCUAUGAUUUAUAUAAAUUGGAUGAUAAUAAUACAAACUUUGUAGCAGAAGAAAUCGUCAGUAAAACUGAUGGACAAGAAAUGAUCAAAAGUGGGCCUAGGAUGAUUACUGAUGAUCAUGGUACAAUAAGUGACCCAGACUACGUUCCGUCUGAACAUUCAGGAAGUGACUCUGAUGUAGAGCAGGAUUCACAGAUGCAGCUUGGAAGGAUUCAGCCCAAUGAGGGAGAAAUCAUUGUUUCAGAGGAUCAAGGUAGCGAGGAAGAACAAGAUGAUGCAGGAAAUCAUGAACGACAACGCACAGGCAGGCCUAAAAGAGGUAGAAAGAGAAAGUACGGAAAUUUAACCAGAGUUGAAAGAUCUAAAAGAAAGUACAAAUAUGAAGAGUAUGUUAAUUUUUCAAAAAAACAUAUGGUGGUGCCACAAAAAGUAUUUAUAGAUGUUGAUUGCCAGUGCAGGAAUAAGUGCAAGGACAAAAUCUGUGUUGCAGAUCGCCAAAAAGAGUUCGAAAAGUUUAAAAGUCUUGGAGAUUACAAUGCACAAAAUCUAUACAUUUGUAAUAGUGUAAGAGAAGUUCCAAAAAAGAGAUCAUAUAAUUCACUGAUUAAAACUACAGGGAAGGCUAGACCUAAAUCGUGUUCUCGUAUUUAUAGCCUAAACAAAGUUGUGGUAUGCAGAGAAAUGUUUGCAAAAACCCUACUAUUGUCAACAAAAAGGAUAAAUACGGCCUUAUCAAAAUUUAAGUCUGAAUCAUUACUCGACCAACGAGGUAAACAAGCAGGAUGGAACACAAUGUCUGAAGAAAAAUUAAAUGAAAUAAGGAAAUGCAUUGAUGCAAUACCAAAAUACACUUCACAUUACCGAAGAGGGGAGACAAGCGCUUUGUUCCUGCCUCCUGAAAUGAAUAUUAAUAAAAUGUAUGAAUUGUACGUCGACGGAAGGUCACAAAAUGAAGUUGUAAGCUUAUCCUCCUUCAAAAAAGUAUUUUACACUAACUACAACCUAAAAUUCAAGUCUUUGAAAAAAGAUACUUGCAACAAGUGUGAUAUGUUUGUGGCAAAACUUAAGAGCACACAAAAUGAGGAAGAGGAGUCAAAAAUACAGAAAGAGUAUGAUGAACAUAAACUUGCUGCCAAAACUGCUAUGAAUAGAAUCAAAAGUGAUCUGAAGUCUGCUGCUGAUAAUCCGUCACUAGAAUGUUUAACUUUUGAUUUGCAGAAAACACUACCUUUACCGCGUAUCCCUACAAACAUAGUAUUCUACAAACGACAGUUGUGGGUCUACAACUGUGGCAUCCACACUGGCAAGGAGGAUAAGGGGUUCUGUUAUACCUGGGUUGAGGGGGAAGCUGGUAGAGGAGCCCAAGAAGUGAGCUCUGCCAUCAUAAAACAUGUCCAAAAUAAACUUCCAGCUGGGACAGAAAGUUUGAUUUUGUGGAGUGACUCGUGUGGUGGCCAGAACAGGAAUAUAAAGGUAGUUUUGAUGCUCAAAGCUCUCCUUCAUGAUCACCCUACACUAAAAACAAUCACACAUAGAUUCCCCAUGCCAGGUCACAGUUUUCUACCCAAUGAUAAUGACUUUGGGAAAAUUGAAAACGCACUAAAAUACCAGCAACAUGUAUAUUGCCCAGAUGACUAUUUUACCAUCAUGGAAAAGUGCAAGAAGCAAAAUCCACUAACUGUUGUGCGGAUGAGAAGUGAAGAUUUUAAGUCAAGUUAUUCACUGGAAGAAGCUGUCACAAACCGUAAAAAGACUGUCGAGAAAGAGGAUGUUAGUUGGCUCAAUACAAGAGAAAUUCUACUGAAAAAGGAAAAACCAAUGUCCAUUUUCAUGAGCAGAAAAUUUGAUGGGCCUCAUGAAGAAUUAGACAUUACUAAGGCACAGAAAAAGACUAAAGGGCGCCCCAGCAAAGAUGAACCUCGCAGUCUUCGAUUGGCGGACCUUCAACUAUUAUGGCCCAAUGGAAAGCCUGUAGCUGAAGCAAAGCUUAAAGAUUUAAAAUCCAUGCUCCACUUGCUACCAAAAAACUACCAUGGGUUUUAUAAAUCCCUUUACUCAAGCGCAGAAAUAGAAGAUGAUGUGGAUGGUUUUGGAGGGGAACUUGAUUUUGAAAUUGAAAUAGACGACUGAAACCUUUAGCUGUCGGAUCGUAACCAAAGAAUAAUAUGUACCUAGGCCUAUUGUAGCUCAUUGCAAUGAACUGCAAUAGAUAAUGUGUUUGUAGGCUAAUAACAAUAUGUGAUAUGGUACAAGUUCCUUUUAUGUAAUGCUUUUUUUUGCUGUA